AUGGCUGCUAGAAAAUUAAGAAACAUGGGAUUUCCUUGUACUUUUAAUGUGCCAUGUGUCGGUAGAAGUGGUGGUCUUUCUCUUGCUUGGAAGAAGGAGGUUCACCUAAACGUUAUUUCGUCCAGUCUGAGGGGAAUCUAUGUUACUUCUACUGAUAUCAUCCAUUCCAAGACUUGUCAUAUUCACUUUAUAUAUGGUGAACCCAAUAGUAGUUUAAGGCAAGACUUUUGGGAACAACAAUGUCAACAGACUAUUGCCCCUUUAGAUGAACCAAUUUUCUUUAUAGGAGAUUUCAAUGCUCUAUUAGGAACUGAAGACAAAAAUGGUGGUUUAGAAGUAGAUGAUCCUGAUUUCAAAAACCUUAGGAAUUUUUGUACUGUUUUUAAUCUGCAUGAUCCUGGUUUUUAUGGUACUAGGUUUACUUGGUCUAAUAUGCAACAAGGCCAUGACUUAAUCCUGGAAAGAUUAGAUAGAUGUCUGAUUAACCAAACUGCUGAAGAUCUUUUUCCUAAACUUUGUGUUAACAAUAUUCCUAGGGAUUCCUCUGACCACUGUCCUAUGCAUAUAGGAUUUAACUAUGAGGAUAAUUGUAUGCCUAGACCCUUCCAUUUUAUGGCCAUGUGGAUAGAGGAUCCUACUUAUAGAGACAUUAUAUUUAAUUCUUGGUCUGUUAAUGUGUUAGGCUCCCCAGCCUACAAACUUAAAGUUAAGCUUUUAAGUACUAAGAAAGGAUUAAGAGAUUGGAAUAAAUCUUCCUCUGGUAAUAUUCAAACUAAUAUAUCUACCAUUAGGAAAGAGCUGACUGAUAUCCAAGUCUCUAAUCCUACUGAUACUAUUAAUACUUCUAGACUUAAAGCUAGACUUGAAUAUCUGUAUAACUUGGAGGAAUUAUAUUGGAAGGACAAAUCUAGAGAAGUCUGGAUCUUGGAAGGUGACAGAAACUCACCAUAUUUCCAUAGAGUAACUCUCUUUAGAAGAAAAAGAAAUGUUAUUAGCUGGAUAAAUAACUCCUUGAAUAUUAUUCUAACUGAUAGAGAUAGUAUUGUAACUUUUUUCAUAGAUUAUUUUAAAGGCUUAUAUUCCUCCCAUCCUCAGCAAUUUCAAUAUGAAAUCCUUGCUGACCUCCCUGUUAAGUUCUCUGAUGAAGACAAUGCAUCCUUAAAUACUCCUCUGUCCCCGGAGAAAAUAAAGAAUGCUGUCUUCUAA